UCACAUUAAAUUGCUGCGCCGCUGUCCGAGAUACCGAUGGUGUUGACCGUUUUUCAACACCGCAACUCCGUCGCUUGUAGCUCCGACGGUCAUCGUCCUGGUCACCCAGAAAUUGGUGAGAUUUAGAAAGAUCUUCGCUGUGAUAGCCAAUUAGAAGAGAAGGACUUCCCCAAUCUCACCAUCAUGGGUAUCCUCGAUAAGAUCUCCGACAUCGAGAAAGAAAUUGCCAAAACACAGAAAAAUAAAGCAACGGAGUAUCAUCUCGGGUUGCUGAAAGCAAAACUCGCCAAGUACCGCUCGCAGCUGCUGGAACCGUCGAAAAAGGGUGAGAAAGGCGAAGGGUUCGAUGUGCUCAAGUCGGGUGAUGCGCGUAUUGCGCUGAUCGGUUUCCCGUCUGUCGGCAAAUCGACGCUGCUGUCGACGCUGACCAAAACCGAAAGCGAAGCGGCCAACUACGAGUUCACCACGCUAACGUGCAUCCCGGGCGUAAUCGACUACAAGGGCGCCAACAUACAGCUGCUCGAUCUGCCCGGUAUCAUCGAGGGGGCGGCGCAAGGUAAAGGCCGUGGCCGACAGGUGAUAGCGGUGGCACGCACCGCCGACCUGGUGCUGAUGAUGCUGGACGCAACGAAACCGAACGUGCACCGCGAUCUCCUCGAGUACGAGCUCGAGUCGGUCGGGCUGCGGCUAAACAAACGGAAGCCGAACAUCUACUUCAAGAUCAAGAAGGGUGGCGGCCUUAGCUUCAAUGCCACCUGCACGCUGACGCGAUGCAACGAAAAAAUGGUCCAAACGAUACUGCACUCAUUCAAAAUCUUCAACGCGGAGGUGCUGUUCCGGGAGGACUGCACCGAGGACGAGUUCAUCGACGUGGUGACCGGUAACCGAAUCUACGUGCCGUGUAUCUACGUGUACAACAAGAUCGAUCAGAUCUCGAUCGAGGAAGUGGAUCGGCUGGCCCGCCAACCCUUCUCGGUCGUCGUUAGCUGCAACAUGCACCUUAAUCUGGACUAUUUGCUCGAGGUACUGUGGGAACACCUGCAGUUGAUCCGCGUCUACACCAAGAAACCGGGAGCGCCGCCCGACUUUGACGACGGUCUCAUUCUGCGCAAGGGCGUAACGGUGGAGCACGUGUGCCAUGCCAUUCAUCGCACACUGGCCGCCCAGUUCAAGUAUGCGCUUGUAUGGGGUACCUCAACCAAGUACUCGCCGCAGCGGGUUGGCAUCUCGCAUGUCAUGAGUGACGAGGAUGUCAUUCAGGUUGUUAAAAAGUAGGGCGUGCCGAUUGGUUUUGUUCAUUUCUGGCGUUUUCGACGGUUUGGUUUUUCUUCGCGACUCGGUCGGAACACAGAUUCGAUUACAAUAUAAGCGCGAACGUGUAACGCAA